AUGCCCAAAUGGUCAACAAGUAAAGGCCGAACAACAAAGGCAUGGUGGGUAGAAAUUCCGAUAUGGAAAUGGGAAAUGAUCAAUAUGUACUUUGUGGUGGGACUACCUUGCACGCCUCGCAAGUUCGAUUCGAUUUGGGUGAUUGUGGAUCGACUCACGAAAUCAUCUCACUUCUUACCUGGGGCACAGUUCACGGCUAAUUGUUUGAAGAAAUUUCAGAAAGGUUUUGGUACAAAGAGAUAUAGAUCUCCCAUUGGAUGGUUCGAGAUUGGGAAAGUAGAGUUAAUAGGGCCAGACCUUGUGAAUCAGGCUAUGAAGAAGGUUAUGAUCAUUGCGGAAUGGUUGAAAACUGCUCUGAGCCGCCAGAAGUCCUAUUCGGAUAUACGUCGUAGUGAUUUGGAAUUCAAAGAGGAUUAUUGGGUAUUCUUGAAGGUUUCCCCCAUGAAGAGUGUAAUGCAGUUUGGUAAGAAAGGGGAGUUGUGUCCGAGGUAUCUCGAACCGUACAUAAUCAUUCAGAGGAUUGGUCGGGUGGCUUACAAGCUUGAACGACCUCCAGAGAUGUGUUCAGUGCACCCGGUGUUUCAUGUAUCUAUGUUGAAGAAGGUGAUUGGAGACCCGUCGCUUAUUGUUCCAAUUGAAACUGCAUCUGAUAUGGGUGGAAAGGCAUAG